UCCGCCCCCGAGCGUGCGUCGAGACGUACAUUACGUGAGCACGUCAGUAUUUCCGCGCGGCGCCAUUUCGGAGCGGAUCUGAUCCAGGACUCAAACACGCACGGUCAGCAGAAGGCGACAUUCACGGUUGAGCCAUGCAUCGCGACUGCCCUCUGGACUGUAAGGUGUACGUUGGGAAUCUGGGAAAUAAUGGGAACAAAUCCGAACUGGAGAGAGCAUUUGGCUACUACGGACCCCUGCGGAGCGUCUGGGUGGCCAGGAACCCUCCCGGUUUUGCAUUCGUUGAGUUUGAGGACCCUCGCGAUGCCACAGACGCCGUCAGAGAGCUGGACGGACGGACCCUCUGCGGUUGCCGAGUGAGGGUGGAGCUGUCCAAUGGCGAGAAGCGCUCUCGUAACCGGGGUCCGCCUCCGUCCUGGAGCCGACGCCCACGCGAUGACAACCGCAGGCGCAGCAGCCCCGCCCCCAGGCGCAGAUCGCCCAGGAGGAGGAGCAUCAGUCGUAGUCGCAGCAGAUCUCUUUCCAGAGAGCGGCGGAGGGAGAGAUCGCUGUCUCACGACAGGAACCACAGGCUCUCACGAUCUUUCUCCCGAUCAAGGAGUCGUUCCAGAUCUACUGAACGGAAAUGAACUGAGAAGACCGUCGUGACGGAAACCUCGGCACAGAUCAAACAUGUUGAAAAGAUCGAGUC